GCGGCGGGUUUUAUUUUUUAUCUCCUCUGGCUGUUGUUGGCUUUUACGCGUCUGUGGCUCAGAUGCUUUUCUUUUCUUUAUUACUUUCAUAAUUCGUUCAUUACGUCGUUUCCUAAUGAAAAACAGUGCACUGAUGCUCAAGUAGCACGUUUUGUUUUCUGUAAACUUGUCAACGCAUAUUCUUAAACACAAGAAGCGCCUGCGUGCAGAAGUUCCUGUUCUGUCGGAGAGGUGAAAGUUGACCAGCCGGUCACACCACCGAGUUCACUGUAGUAGACGGUUUUUCAUUUCCCACUCUUCUUCUUCUUUUCUCUUCCUCUUGAAGUUCAUCAUGAGGUACCUGGCUGUGCUGGUGGUUUUGAUGGUGGCAUUGAACCUGGGUCUGCUGGGCGUCAUUCACUCAAGGAAGAACAUGGAGCUCCAACUGACCAAGACCGCUUAUUUCGAGAACGUGAAGCACAGGGUGACCAGCGACGUGCUGAAGGAAUACGAAUCCAAUAUUUCUGAGGGCACCAAGAGGCUGGAAGAAAUCAAGACAGAUGUUGUGGACCUUACAGCAAAGGUCAAAAUAACCAAGGAAGCUGCAGAAGGGAAAGAAGCAGAGCUGAAGACAUGCACCGAUGAGCUGAACGAGCUCAAGAAUGACGUUGGUACUCUACAGACAGAGAAAAACAAAACUGACAGUGAGUUUCAGAAGCAGAAGGCCAGUUUAACUGAGCAAAUAAACAGCCUCAAAUCGGAAGCUGAGAAACGCAGCAAAGUGUGUGACUACAUCACCAAUGACUCCCCAGAUGGGAUAAAACUAUGUGGUGUUGGGCUGGUUUUACAAGAGAAAAAAGCUAAUUCAACUUAAAAAGAGCCCAAAG